AUAGGGAGGCCGUUGGUGGGAGGAGAGCGAGUAAGCGUUGACGCGAGCUGACCAGGAAUAUAGCGCAUACAUAUUUUAGGGGGUGCAUGUGGUGGGAGAAGAAGAAGAAGAAGAAGAAGGGGAAGAAGAAGGGGAAGAAAGGGGUUACUGGCGGACACGCUGCGUCGGCUGUGCUUUAUCAGCCGACCGCUGCUGAUCUCUGGACUCUGUCACGUUGAGCAACAGCAGCAUGAGGGAUCAUUUCGACAAAGACACGUGAAUGAGAGAAAAAGCAACCGCGGGCGUGAUUGGUGCGGCCGCGGAGGGGCGGACGACAAAAGCGCCAGCGGCAAUUUCCAGUUGAGUUGUCGAGAGAAGCUCUCUGUGAGGCACAGUGCUGGAAACAACUUUUGAUUUCAGAGUAUGGGUGGGGCGGUGGGCUUCAGAGGCGAAAGGGGUCAUUGUGGUGACUGGCAGCGCAAGGGACAAGGACUCAUGUGAGACGGCGAGGAAUUCGGCAAGGAAAGCAAAGGAAGCGGACUCGGGCUCCAGCAUGGGAGUGAAGAGCAAGGCCGCCUUGGCGAUCGGCGUCCUGCUGCUGUUCCUCGGCAGCCUCUGGCUCCAUGGCGGUUUGGAUUCCCACUGGGAUGCGUGUGGAAAAGGUUACAAUCAAGUCAAUGAGUCACCGCGCCAGCGGGCCAACAGCAGCGGCUCCCGAGGCUCGGCGGGCCACCGGCACCUGCAGGAGUGCCCCGGGCAGACCUUCCAGGUGUCGCUGCUGCUCAGCCACCUGCUGGCGUCACCGGCCGUCGCCUCUGAUGUGCUGCUUCGGCCUUAUCUGUCCAGCUGGGACGAGCUCGUCAAGUUUAUGGAGGCUCUGGGCCCCAUGGUCGGCCUGAUAUCUAAAGAAAUACAAAGCAAGACCUCAAUUAUCCGGGAGUUGGCCCUUCUAGCUGAGGCCAACCCCGAAGCAGAGGUCAAUCCCGAAAACACCGCGGGCCCGGAGGCCGGAGCGGGAACUCUGCACCCCUCGCAGCGUUCCGGUGCUUACCGCUCGGUGCGUUCCAUGAUCUGGGUGGAGCUGAGACGAGGCUCGGUGGACUUCGACCGCCAGACGGACUCCGGAUGCCGGACUCUUCUCCGAUUGCACCGAGCUCUGCUUUGGCUCGAGCGCUUUCUGGACAAGCUGGCCGAGAUCCCGGCGGCGGGCCUGCUCAGGAGCCCGUCGGAGCUGUGCCGGGAGGCCUACGGGACCACGCUGGCCAACCACCACACCUGGUUUGCGCGCAGGGCUGCCGAGCUGGCCUUCAUCGCCAUGCCCGAGAGGGGCUUCUUCUUCAGGCUGAUGUGUGUGCAGAACCAGGAGGAGCUGAGCACAGUUCUGGGACGGGUGGUCCGGGCCAUCGGGGUGGUCUAUGACAGGACGCAGAAAGCGCUGGAGGAGAAUGGCAUGCUAGAUUUGCCAUAAAAAUUUUUUUAAUUUUUGUAUUUUUUUAAAAGAUGUUCAGACAGAAGCCUUCAUUGUCACCACGUGGAACACAACGGAUUCUUGGACAUCAAUAUGGUGAAAAUGUGAACGAGCAUACAAUAUAACCACGGGAACUGCCAUAUUUUACGAAACACAAACACAAGGGCGCUUCAUUUAUUUGCGCUAUUACAUUCCCGAAAUAGAACGUCUCCAAAUGUGCCCUUAAGCUUUUGAAGGCAGCUAAUGAUGCAAUUGACCUUUACGGUUGCAAAGAGAAGCCAAUGCAGAAGUGCCUUAAUAUUGCAUUCCUUCGAAUGGCCACCAGGUGGCAAACUUUCGCUCCCAGCCUUUCGGAAACCUUUUUUUUCAGCCAGGGCCCCCAUUUUACGGGAGAAAAAUGGAAACGGCACAUCACCAAAGAAACAUUUCGCAAAAACUGAUAUGACGAUCCGGUCUCAAUUGACUCACAAACGUCAUCGCUCCAUGUGGAAUCCGUGCCCAUUUAAUUGAACACAUAGAUAGAUGAACAAACAUAUUUGUAAUUCAUACUUUUCAGAUCUAUUAAGUUGAAUUGGUUAAUGUCUCUGGUUGGAAUCACUGACUUAACCAAUGACUUUUGUUAACAUUUUCCUCGUGAGUUUAAGGUCCACGUCGUCCGCUUGAAGUUCAUGAUAAUAUGUAACUUAUUGUCGCUAAUAGUAAAGGUGCCCAUUUCUCAGCGCUCUCCUUUUGUGUGACAAAAUCUCAUCAUAAUCUCAUAAAGAUCCUCAUUCAGCUCUCAUGUCGAUUCUGAAAUAGAAAUGAUUGAAUGGCCGCCGUAACCCGAACACCGCACUGGUCUCCGUGAGACUUGACCUUCAAGCCGCAAAUACCUCUAAUGCCAGGUAAUCCCGCCCGCCUCCCUUUUCUAAGAAGACGCCGUGACGAGGAGACAAAGGUGAUGAGAGAUCACAGGAGAGCUACACUGAGACUCGAGAUGGAAUCCGAACCAAGUUUGGCCUCCCCGCGGUUCCACUUUGCAGCUUGCAAACGAGAUCAGAGGCAGAGGCCACGCUGUUGACGUUUGGUUCCCUUUAAAUGACAUUUAUUCAUUCUCUAUCUUGUUUUGCAGUAAACAUGAGCAAAAAUAUACAUACAGUCAGAGCAAGAAAAUAAAACAACGACAGAAUAGAAUUAUCAUCCAUUUGGGCAACGAUACCGAGCGGAUUCUUCUCUUUGCGCCACAUUCCUGGAUAUGAUUUCAUAUGAGGGUUGUGGAAGGAAGGGAAAUAAAAAAAAAAAAAAACAUCUUUAGUAUACGUCUAGCGAUAGUUUGGGCUGGAACACGUCGUGUCUUUCGGUGAAAGGUUUACACACAACGUUCCUUUUCAUUCAUUGCAAACCUGAAAACCUUAUUCGAUGGGCGGGGCAAGGGCGCAAAUAUCAUACACACACACACACACACACAAAUACAAAAACAAA